GCAACAGUGUAUCGUCAUGAAGGCUUCUAUUUAUUUAUCUUUCCUUAUCGUUAUCAAAAAGCAAAUCUAAUCAAACACCAAACAGUGAAGUGUCCGUGUAGAAGCUACAAUAUGAAACCAUAUGAACGUUAGCCAUACCAGUAAAUUUUGGUGUGCUAAAAAUAAGGAUGUCACCUCCUAUUUUUUUACUUCAUCAGCAUUUUCAUGAUAAUAACUCCUGAGCUUGUUUAAAAAGUCGAAUAGAUAUGGAAGAUGAAAUUGAGAAUGUUAGAGUGGUUGUUCGCGUACGGCCACUCAAUAACCAAGAAAAAUCAGCCAACCACAAGAAUGUCAUCUCUGUGAAUACACUAAGUCGGAGCAUAGCUGUUACCAGCCCUCAAGCAGGAGUUGACGAGCCCCCAAAAACGUUUUCUUAUGACAAUGUUUUUGAUGUUAAUUCAAAGCAAGUCGACAUCUACAAUGACACAGCAAGACCAAUUGUCAACAAAGUAUUGGCAGGCUUCAAUGGUACAAUUUUUGCUUAUGGGCAGACUGGCACUGGGAAGACAUUUACUAUGGAAGGGCAUUCAGAACCGGAACUGAGAGGAAUUAUUCCAAACUCUUUUGCACAUGUUUUUGGUCAUAUAGCAAAAUCCAAUGAAGAUGUGAAAUUUUUAGUUCGAAUAUCUUAUUUUGAAGUAUAUAAUGAAGAAGUGAGAGACCUUCUCGUGAAACCCGGGAAGGAAAUAGUAAACUUAGAAGUAAAAGAAAGGCCAGAUGUUGGUGUUUACAUCAAAGACUUAUCGACGUUCAUUGCCAAUAAUGCAGAUGACAUGAUGCGAACUUUGAAUUUGGGAAAUAAAAAUAGAGUUGUUGGUGCAACAGCCAUGAACUUGGAAAGUUCUCGAUCCCAUGCAAUUUUUUCGAUCACUGUUGAAACUAGUCAAACAGGCCUUGAUAAUCAGUCCCAUGUUAAAAUGGGUCGUCUACAUCUUGUUGAUCUAGCGGGCUCUGAAAGGCAAAGUAAAACCAAAGCUCAAGGCCAAAGAUUGAGAGAAUCGACGAAAAUAAAUCUCUCCCUCUCAACUUUAGGAAAUGUCAUAUCAGCCCUUGUAGACGGCAAAUCAACACACAUUCCAUACCGAAAUUCUAAACUCACCCGCAUUCUCCAAGACUCUCUGGGAGGAAACUCAAAAACUGUGAUGAUCGCAACUGUUGGUCCGGCAGAUUACAAUUACGAUGAGACUAUCAGUACAUUGCGGUACGCUAACCGAGCCAAGAACAUCAAAAACCGGGCGCAUAUUAAUCAAGACCCAAAAGAUGCCCUGCUGAAACAGUUCCAGCAGGAGAUAGAGCUUUUGAAAAAACAACUUGAAGAACAGAACAUUAAUGAAGUAGACAAUGGAAGCCCGAAUGAAUCUGACGAUGACUCUCUGGGUCAUUUAGAAGAGAAACAGGACAAAGUGAGAGAGCAGGGAGUACAAAAAGAGAAGGAGUCUCCAGAACGACAGAAUAUUAAAGAAAAAAAGGAACAGCAUGAUUCAGAAUUGAAAAACGUUCAGUCAGAACAGGAGGCCCUGAGACAGAAACUCCAGAACCUCGAGCGGAAAGUACUCAUUGGAGGUGAGAAUCUCCUUCAAAAGGCAGAAGAGCAAGAGCACCUCUUAGAAACAACUGCGACGGAGUUGGUAAAGAGACAGCAGGUAGAAGACGAACUACGGAAAGAGCUUGAGCUCAAAGAGUCUGAAAGAAGUGGGAUUGAGGAGAGAAACAUGACAAAACAAGAAGAAGUCGCUACACUAGGGCGUCGUUUGAAAAAACUCACCACACAGUUGAUGGGAGCAAAGGAGGAGCUCAAAGAUGUGCAGGCAGAGAACCAACGAGAAAUGGAGGGUCUCCUUGAGAAUGUCCGCUCUUUAACGAAGGAACUCGGGUUGAUGGAAAGAAUCAAAGAUCAAACUAUCCCACAGCCAUACCUUGCUUUGUUAGAGCAGAAUAUUCACUGGAAUGAAGACAUUGGCGAGUGGGAGCUAAGAUGUGUAGCAUACACUGGCAACAACAUGCGCAAAACUUCAUCAGCAACAAAUUCCACAGUAGUCAAACCUAAAGAGAUCAUCAAUCCAGACCUUUCAGACGUGUAUUUUGCCUACUCACAUUCUUCGAACAAGAGUAAAUCAAAAUCUUUAAGCAUUCAAUCAAAGUUGGCCUUGAACUUAUCAUGAAGGAGCUCAUCUCAUCAUACUGUGUCUCCUCUUUCCCCAAUUGAGCAACUCAAAUCGUAUGCCAAUAAGUUAGAAAAUUAAUGAAGACUGUCAAGUGAUUUUAAAUCUAGUCAAUUUAAGUUAGAUGUGAAUGAUUGUGGUUCACAGGGCGCAAAUACAACUAUGAUCCGGGCCCAAAUUUUGAUUAAUUUUUCAAAGUGUUGGAGGAAAUUUUCUUUUAUUUUUUUAUUUUUUCCAUGUUUAAGAAGUGCAAUAAAUGUUCCUUUUACAAUGUAAGAUUCAAGGAAAACAUUAUUGAUGGUGAAACAAGCACCAGCUGUAUUUGAGUUUUACAUUUACUGUUACUUUUUUACGUUUCUAAAGGUUUUGUUUUUCAACAGAGUCAAUUUUUUCUUUUCUGUUUUUCGGAGGAACCUUUUUUUUUGCCUUGUUUUUUAUUUGAAGAUUCCUCUCACCAGAACAAAUACAAAUUUGAUUGAAUUUCAACAGCGCACAAAAUUUUGUUUCUUUUUUCUAGUGAGGUAGCCAUAUUAUUUUCUAUAAAGUUGAAAGUGAAAAUAUUAAAAUAUUCCCUCAACCAAAUGAAGUAUUGACACUAUAUGUGUGCGACACUGUAGCUUCUGCUCUUGCUUCACAUUUUACUUUUUGUUUGACCCUAAGCUUUGUAAGGUCAAUUUAUUAGGUAAUAGAUUAUAAAGUAAGUACAUCUGGAUAUUUCAUUGUGUAGGCAAGAAAAUCCUUCAAAACUUUUUUUGCGAAAACAUCAUGCAGUAUUCUUUUAAAAAAUGGAACAGGGGUGGAAAUGUUGGAUUGUUGCCAUUAAGAUACAUGUUUUUAUUGUUUCACCAUCUAUAAGUUCUCCUACUUUCGCCUUUCGUAUGCAAGUAAAGUAUGUGAAUGAUAUUUUGGAUACAUCGUUGUGAUAAUAUUAAACUUAAGUGAGUAGCGUCUCCUUACCUCACCAGUUAUUUCUUUUUUACCCGGAGGAAUAUUUUUUUACCUCCUUAUCUCUGAUAUAUACUUAUUUGUUUCAUUUCUUCCUUUUGCUCCACUAGGACAAACAAACAUUUUAUACAUAAUGCUUCUUUUAUUAUUCAAUGGCAUACCACACCUUUACAUCGUGUUUAAACUUACUGCUUGUAUUUCUUUGUUAUCAUCAAUAAACACUCCAGUUGAAACUUU